AUGGACCCCUACCCCCCCUCCAACGUGGCCGUCAUCGCCGGCGCCGCAGGAGGCUCCGCCUUCCUGCUCCUGGUCACUUGCGGUGAUCUGCGUGGUGUGUUUACCGGCGGCGACACGCCAAGCACUCGGAGUCCCACCACCCGCCCCUAUCGCUGUCCUCCCUCACCAGCCCCCAAGAGGCACGGCGGCGGGCAACGGUGGCGGACACGGGAGCGGGAAUAAACAACGGCUCGGAGCCCAGUGACAUCAUCAUCCCGCUGCGGACUUCGGACUCGGCGUACUGCCCUCACUACGAGAAGGUGAGCGGGGGACUACGGCCACCCCGUCUACAUCGUCCAGGAGAUGCCCCCCCAGAGCCCAGCCAACAUCUACUACAAAGUAUGAAGGCAGUCACCAUGACAACCUACAGUCUACCAACUACCACCCUUCCCUGUCCUAUACAGUACAGUACCACCUACAAACCUACCUACAAUAUACCCUGUCCUAUACAGUACAGUACCACCUACAACCUACCUACAAAUAUACCCUGUCCUAUACAGUACAGUACCACCUACAACCUACCUACAAUAUACCCUGUCCUAUACAGUACAGUACCACCUACAACCUACCUACAACAGUCCCUCACUGACUUACUCCAAAACCACGAAGAUCUUUAGGCCACUAUACAGCCCUAUCCAACCCCAACCACAGCCACAGGUGUGUGUGUCUAGCUUACUGAAGAGGCCAUCCGUACGCCCACCACUCUUCACUCAACUGUGUCACUAAGCUGAGUGUGGAAGGUUUAUUAUAUAACCCCACCACUGGCCCCCACCGGCCCCUUUAAAGAGGACAGCAAUGACAAGAGACUCUGGACUCCUUCCCCUUUCUUUCUCACAGCGAAUCGAAACCCCCCAUCCAGAGCUGAGAGAAGAGUCCCGCCCUAUACGCCAUGAGGACAAGUGUGAGAGAACACACACCAAGCUAGUGGGAGAGAACACACACUAGUGACGCCACAACAUGGCCUUAUGGGACUCGGACCCUAGAAAACCUACAAACCAACUACCAACCAACCAGAGAACUCUGUCUGUAUCUCCAGUGCUCCUGUCCUAUAGCAGACCUAUCGAGACUGGCCCCUGACUGGCCCCUGAGAUAGACUGUGUCCCUGAUGUUAGUUAGUUUGUUUGUGUGUGUAUGGUUUCUCAUUGGACCAGGGGCCUCUGACUCUCUCGCCCAAUCAGAAAGCCGGCCUGGGGUCACAUGAUCAGGCUCAGGUGCCAGAGGUCAGACCAAUUGCGUCUUAGUGACAUUCAGAUUCUUGUAUAUUUUAAUACGUAUGUGUGUGCGUGCUUGUGUGUGUGUGUUGUGUGUGUGUGUGUGUGUGUGUGUGUGGGACUAGGAUAAUAAUUAUGACACUGCCACACAUAAAGGUGUGUGUGCAGUUAGUGUAAGUGUAUGCCUGUAUUGUGUGUGUCAGUGUGUGUGUGUGGUGUGUGUGUGUGUGUGUGUGUGUGUGUGUGUGUUGUGUAUGCCUGUAUUUCUCUGUGGUAUACGCUACGUGCGAGAGAAUGUGCGUGUGUGCGUUUGUUCUUUAGACUUGUCUUAAAAACCCAAACUCAAAAAAGUGAGCGAAUAUAGGAAAAAAGUGUGAUUUUUUUUAUCGCUAUCAACACUUAUAGAUUAUAUAUAUGAAUAUCCAGUAAAUCAUUUUAGACGUCUUGUUUUCUAUUGUUUUUCACUUUUAUUCCUCUACUUGUAAAACUCCACUUCUGUUACUGCUAGAUCUUUUUUUAUCCGCUGGUUUAUUUUUUAGAAACCUGACCCUGUUUCCUUCCCCUUUGAGUUGUAAAUUAAUUUCACGCCAACCUUUGUUGUUUUUCUUUCCUCGUGCGAUUUAUUCUUUUGAGGUCCACCUCUCCCUGAUGACGAUCAUAUUUCCCAUGACCCUGUAUCCUCCGCCUUUUAGUCUUCAAUCUGCCCGCGCCUUUUUAUUGGACUACCCAAAUACACAACUAUGAUUUUUAUAUGUUCGACUGUAUACGAUGCUGUAGUUUGAAGUUUAGACCUGUCUGUGGAAGUGUUGAGGUUUUAGAAAGAAACCAUCUCUAAAACGUUGUUGUUUCAAGUGUUCUUUGAACCACACACGAAAAAAGCUUUACCAGGGGGAAAAUAAACAGGCAAGGUUCCCAAAUGAAAUGAAAAUGAAAAAUGAAACGAAAGAGGGUGACCGGGCAGUCGCUUGUUAGGAGAAGAGAGAGUGACUGAAUAUUUUUCAGAACUUUUGUUAAAAGCAAGAGAAAAGACCUGAAGAGGAAGUGCCACAGUAAGGAAGAGAAAGAGGCGCGAGAACAGAAUGGAAGGAGAAGAGGGGGGGGGGAGCGAAUUGAGAGAUGAAGAGAAGAGAAGGAUCCCUGGGAAGGGAUAGAGAAGAGCAAGCAGUGACUGUGGCGGAGGAGAGGAGUCUUUUCCUUAAUGGAGUGCUGAGAAGGAGUGAUGGUGAACAAUAGGGGGAGGUAGGAGAGGAACGGAACAGCAGUGAAAUGGAUUUCAGGGGGUACAAACCUCACUGUGGAAUAAGGAGGAGAGAUUAAUCUGACCACACACAAACAACAACACACACACGCACACACACUGACAGAUGACAGACACACGGCCCUUUUACCUCUCAACAGCUUACAUUUCAGGCCACUCUUAAGCUGAUUAUAAGACAGCACACACUAUCUGCAGACACACUGAUCCCUCUCACAUUCUCUUGCACGGUUUCAAACACAGGACACCACUACACACACACACACACACACACAACACACACCACACACACAUACAAAGUUACGCGAUUUACACACACACAUACUGAAGGGACAAAUACAUAUCUGAUGCAUCGACACCACACACACUCCUAUGUCUGCUGCUUUACAUCUCUUCUCUCUGCGUCACAAACCACACACAACACAACACACACACACACACACACACACACACACCACACACACUGACUGCUCUCAUGUGGCUCCCUAUUUUGACACAUAGUUACUGGCUUUCUCCCCAUUGAUAAGUUCAACUCUGUUGUGUGACGGAAGGAUGAAAAGAGGUUUGUGCUCACGGUUGUGUGUGAUGGGGUGUGUGUGUGUGUGUGGUGCGUUGAUGUGAAUGUUUUUUUUCUCUGAAACACGUUCCUUGUCCGUCUAACUAUAAGCCUGUCUAAAUGAUACCCAUGUUCACAACUUUUUAUAAAACCAAAGCUUUUUUCAAAGUCGUUUUGGGUUAAGUGAUGUUGUAUAGGGAUAGGCCGCUGUAUUGUUGAGACAAGUGUCUAGAACAAUCACAGCCACAACGACCCUUUGCCAGAAUAUAAAAAUACUCACACAAAAUAGAAAUAGAAAUGUGCCAUCUUUGAAAUAUUCUCAGGCUAACAGGGGUGUGUUUGUUCCAAAAAGCUUUCACUCACCCCAGCCGUUGUGUUUAUUCAUGUGCACACCUGUUAUGAGAAGCACAUUGGAAUAUUGUGUUAAAUGUGUUACUGCACUACACCUGUCUCUCAUUUGUAUGCUGUGGUGUCUGUUCAUUAUACUUUUUGAACUUAAAAAAGAUGUUAAGAGGAAAGUUGACAAAAAUAUGGUGAAAGUUUCACCCCAAUCUGUGGGUGAUCUACAUUCAUAUUGGGGAUGUGUGUAUGUGUGUCGGUCUGUCUACAGUUACAAAAUAAACAAUUUCCUCUCUUCAUCUCCCCGUUUAUUCAUUCAUGAGCUGAUCUGCUAUCUGUAUAAUCAUUAAAACUAGACUUUGCCAAAUAUAUGAGAUGUUCUAUCAUUCGUUGGAGGUUAUCUAGCAAGCUUCGCAAGUUUGGUCAUUUGACUUUUGUUUGACUGCCGUUACAAAGUUUGUAUGAUUCGACAACGUUAUAGCCUACUCAGGGUGCAGUCGGUGUGUCCUGAGCACGCUUCUGUGUUGAGAUAGCCUAGGCCUACUGCUGAAAUGUGCUGAGUUAAUUGGGGAACAUGAUAACGCUCUGAAUUUACUAACGGCCUGGUUCGCAAUUCACAACAAUGUCAUUGGCGAUCAAAGUUACUCUAAAGUUACUCUAUCAUUACUUCAUUUGUUCUGAGAUCUUUACAUAGUGGCUCAGCCAAUCCGACAAGGUGGCGCAGCUCCCCUCUUAUUAAGGGAGAACCCUGGCAUAGUGACUUGAUUUUAAAUGCUUUAAAUGGGCACUUCCAAUUUUUUCGGUGUUUCUCUGGUAAAUAUGAAUUAUUUCCAGCAUUGAAACUUGGCCGAUUUUCAGGAAAAUAUUCAUCCCUACCACCAACACUGAACAUAAGAAAUGUAAAAGGUUAGUGAAAUACAAAGGGAUAUUUCGGGAUUUUGGCAAUGAGGCCCUUCCUUCAAACUGCACGCAUAGACAUAAAAAUGGUAUCCACGAGUUCACAUGACUCUGGGUAAGUAGAUAAAGGGCCUCAUUGCCAAAAUCACGAAGUAUCCUUUUAAAGUAAACGUUUUAUUGUGUCAUUUUACAGGUGGUGCUGGGAACGCCACCCAUCCCAGGGUUCCUAGCAGUGACGGUGGUGGUUCGGGAGGCACGGGUGGCGAGAAUGGACCCCUACCCCCCUCCAACGUGGCCGUCAUCGCCGGCGCCGCAGGAGGCUCCGCCUUCCUGCUCCUGGUCACUGCGGUGAUCUGCGUGGUGUGUUACCGGCGGCGACACGCCAAGCACUCGGAGUCCCACCACCCGCCCCUAUCGCUGUCCUCCCUCACCAGCCCCAAGAGGCACGGCGGCGGGCACGGUGGCGGACACGGGAGCGGGAAUAACAACGGCUCGGAGCCCAGUGACAUCAUCAUCCCGCUGCGGACUUCGGACUCGGCGUACUGCCCUCACUACGAGAAGGUGAGCGGGGACUACGGCCACCCCGUCUACAUCGUCCAGGAGAUGCCCCCCCAGAGCCCAGCCAACAUCUACUACAAAGUAUGAAGGCAGUCACCAUGACAACCUACAGUACUACCAACUACCACCCUUCCCUGUCCUAUACAGUACAGUACCACCUACAACCUACCUACAAUAUACCCUGUCCUAUACAGUACAGUACCACCUACAACCUACCUACAAUAUACCCUGUCCUAUACAGUACAGUACCACCUACAACCUACCUACAAUAUACCCUGUCCUAUACAGUACAGUACCACCUACAACCUACCUACAACAGUCCCUCACUGACUUACUCCAAAACCACGAAGAUCUUUAGGCCACUAUACAGCCCUAUCCAACCCCAACCACAGCCACAGGUGUGUGUGUCUAGCUUACUGAAGAGGCCAUCCGUACGCCCACCACUCUUCACUCAACUGUGUCACUAAGCUGAGUGUGGAAGGUUUAUUAUAUAACCCCACCACUGGCCCCCACCGGCCCCUUUAAAGAGGACAGCAAUGACAAGAGACUCUGGACUCCUUCCCCUUUCUUUCUCACAGCGAAUCGAAACCCCCCAUCCAGAGCUGAAGAGAAGAGUCCCGCCCUAUACGCCAUGAGGACAAGUGUGAGAGAACACACACCAAGCUAGUGGGAGAGAACACACACUAGUGACGCCACAACAUGGCCUUAUGGGACUCGGACCCUAGAAAACCUACAAACCAACUACCAACCAACCAGAGAACUCUGUCUGUAUCUCCAGUGCUCCUGUCCUAUAGCAGACCUAUCGAGACUGGCCCCUGACUGGCCCCUGAGAUAGACUGUGUCCCUGAUGUUAGUUAGUUUGUUUGUGUGUGUAUGGUUUCUCAUUGGACCAGGGGCCUCUGACUCUCUCGCCCAAUCAGAAAGCCGGCCUGGGGUCACAUGAUCAGGCUCAGGUGCCAGAGGUCAGACCAAUUGCGUCUUAG